AUGAGUAAUGUCAAACCGGUAGGCGUCCCUUUGGCAAAUCACUUCAAGUUGAGUAAGAGUUUGUGCCCCUCAUCCAAGAAAGAGAUUGAGGAGAUGUCUACAAUUCCAUAUUCUUCAGCAGUUGGAAGUCUGAUGUAUGCCAUGGUUUGCACGAGGCCAGAUAUCACACAUGCGAUAGUCUUAAAAGGCUAUACAGAUUCAGAUAUGGCCGGAGAUCCUAAUGGAAGAAAAUCAACCUCAGGAUAUGUUUAUACUUUUAUAGGGGGGGCUAUGUCAUGGCAAUCAAGAUUUCAGAAGUGGAUUGCACUAGCCACAACUGAAGUAGAGUAUAUUGUUGUAGGAGAAGCUGAAAAUGUCACUGCUAAUUUUGUGUUUGGAGAUUCAUUGGUUGAUGUAGGUAACAAUAACUAUAUUCCUUCUCUUUCAAAAGCAAAUUUCUACCCAAAUGGUAUUGAUUUUGGGGGUCCAACAGGAAGAUAUACAAAUGGAAGAACUAUAGUCGACAUUAUAGGUGAGGAAGUAGGAUUUAAUUUUACUCCUCCAUACUUGGCACCAACAACAUUUGGACCAGUGAUUCUGCAAGGUGUCAAUUAUGCUUCUGGCGGAGGAGGUAUUUUUAAGAGCACUGGCCAAAUUUUCGGUGGAAGGAUCAACAUGGAUGCUCAAUUAGACAACUUUGGAAACACAAAACAGGACAUAAUCACAAGAAUAGGAGAAGCCGCGGCAAUGAAGUUAAUAGAGAAUGCACUCUUCUCAGUAACAAUGGGCUCAAAUGACUUCAUCAACAAUUAUCUCACACCUGUUUUUUCCACAGGUGAGCAACUGAUAGCAUCUCCAACGAGAUUUGUGGGAGUAGUCAUAUUCAAAUACAGAAUUCAACUAACGAGACUUUAUAAUAUGGGUGCCAGGAAAAUAAUAGUGGUAAAUGUUGGGCCUAUUGGGUGUAUCCCGUACCAAAGGGAAAUAAAUCCAUCAGCUGGAGAUAAGUGUGUUAGUUUCCCAAAUGGACUUGCACAACUAUUUAACACCCAAUUGAGAGGCCUUGUGACUCAUCUCAAUUCCGAACUUAUUGGAUCAAAAUUUGUCUAUGCAGAUUCCUACGAAAUCGUCCAAGACAUUAUCCAGAACUACGCAUCUUAUGGAUUUGAGAGUGCUAACUCAGCUUGUUGUUCAGGUGGUGGAAGAUUUGGGGGAAUAAUUCCAUGUGGUCCUACAUCUCAAAUAUGUGAAGAUAGAAGCAAGUAUGUGUUCUGGGAUCCAUACCAUCCAACUGAUGCUGCUAACGUCAUCAUAGCAAAACGUCUGCUAGACGGAAACUCUACUGAUAUUUGGCCUGUGAAUGUCAGGCAGCUCCUUGCAUCUUCUUAAUUUUAUUGAAAUCUCUUCACAGGGAAUUAAGCUACCUUACUCUUUCAGUUCUCAAUAGACAUACAUAUAUACAGAGAAAAAUUACUCUUUA